UAAUUGCUCGUGCUGAAAAGACGUCACGUGACAGGGACCGCGGGAAAGUAAAUCAUCCAAAAUGGCGCAGACUCGGGUUAGUGAAUUUUUUCCAAGCAAAAAGAAGUCACGCCACAGCAAUGCCACAAAACGCCGAAAAGUGGAACUCACCACAACAGAUGAUGACAUUUCAAGUUUAAAACAGGCAGUUAAUCGAAAUGUACAGAUUUCAGAACAAUCGGAAGAGUCAAAAGAGGAGUGCACGAAAACCAACUCUCAGAAAACAAAAACAAGCAAGAGGGUGAAAUCUGUUGCAUCGGCGAAAAGUAAUCAAAAACCUGUACGGCAAUCCGCAAGGAAAGGCAAAAAUGUUGAAAACGAUUCUUGUCAGCGUAAAAUAUCUGAUAUUUUCUCCUCCACGUUCAAUGAAUACAAAAACAACACCGAGCCAUUGUCUUUUAAUUUUCAAGAAGAUGAAACUUCAGAAGCAGUCCCUUCCGCCUGGGAUGAACACGACGGCCCAGACAGUACUCCAACGAAACAAUUACGUCUUAGUGCAGAUACGGCAAGUCGCAGAUCACGCAAGGAAAUUCAAAAUGAGUGUAUUACUGAAGAAAAUACCCCACAGAAAGAAACUCAAGAAGAAUCAGCUGCUCCUACCAAACGCCAUGCAAGGAAACGAUUACAGAUGAGCCAGAAAUCAAAUGUUGAAAAGACGUCUGAAGUGGAUAUGAACUCAAUUGUUUCAUCCAUGAAGUUGCCUGAGAAGAUGAUAUCACCACUUCCUGUGACACCAGAUACCUUGAAAACUCCUACAAAGUCCAAUAGCCCCAGCAUCCCAACGUCUCCCAAUGUGAAGGCUGCCAUAGAGAAGUGCAAGAAGCUGAUGCAGACAGGCCAAGGGGAUGCAAAGACUAAAGAGAAGCAGAUCAAAGCUGAGAUCCGAGCCAGACUGAAGAAAUGUGGCAAGAUGGAGGAGCUGAAGUCCCAGUUGUCGGACAUGAACAGAAAAAUAAACCAGCUGAAGAAACCGCUCCCUAAACUCCAGAAGUUUGACAACAUUGAAAUUGAAGUGGAGCAGCCUGUGGUCCAGCAAAGCCCUGUGAAGAGCAGUCCAGUGAAGAGUGUAUCCAAGGCCCCAGCUUAUGUGCGUCAUCACACGCUAGCUGACCCCGCUCCCCCCACCCUGACCCUCCCCUACAAGUACAAGCUGCUGAUGGAGAUGUUCCGCGGCAUGGACACUGUUGUCAGUAUGAUGCACAACCGCUCUGAGAUCUGCACCUUCUCCAAACUCAAAGUGGCUGUGCAGACCAUGACGAAGAGGAACUUCGAGCAGAGGAACGUCAAACAGAUAAAGCAUGUUUACCCAAGUGGCUACCACUACCGCCAGGAAAGAGUGCCAUGCUAUGGGAAGAAAAUGAGUGACUAUCAGCUGACCGUCGAGGCCAACUUAAGCGGAAAUCCUGGUGGCUGUCUGAAGUCGGGGAACAAAGAUGGAAAACUGAACUUCAACGCUACACAGCUCCUGCAGAGGAAGCAGACGUUCCACAACAACCUGAUAUCCAUUGUCAGACACCAUCAUCAGGAAUUCUUGGCCAAUCUGUCUCGUCCCCUGAACAUACCAGAGAGUAAGAUAACAAGAUGGCACCCAACAUUCCACGUGGAUGAGGUACCUGAGGUUGAGUUGUCUCCCCUGCCAGAGCCUCCCAAUGUCAACAAGUACCAGACUGCAAGAGACGUCCUUGAGCACACCAGGGGGAAGCUCAUUCCAAAGGUGGAACAAGCACUUGCUGAUGUGGCCAAAAACUCACCAUCGUCAGUGAAAACUGAAAUAAAACAAGAAUUGAACGCCCCGACCUCCAAUGCUGCCCCGGCCAUGAAGGGUGUUCCGUCGUCACUGCUUGAGAGGAUCAGAGCCAAGGAGGCCAUGAAGUUGGAGGCGGCGCUGACAAGGAAUCCAGCCGAGGACAAGAAAAAGAGAAUGAUGAAUCGUCUGCCAGACAUGAUCCGAAUUGUUAGAGCUUAUUUUGUGACAGAGAAGAAGCCCUCUAUUCCUCAAGAAACAGUGAUCCAGAAGUUGGCAGAUAGCUUCCGAUCAUCUGUCUCCAUUGGUGAAAUUGAGGCCCAUGUCAAGUUGUUGCUGGAGAUUGCUCCCGAGUGGCUGACAAUGGUGCAGAUCAAGAAGGGGAAGUACUUGAAGAUCGACCGGAACAUCGAUGUGCAGUCCCUGACCGGCAAAAUACAGAACCAGGCCAAAGCCAUACAGUGAACAUACUCCAUACAGAUCUGUUUUAAUAUAUUGUUAAGUUAUUUGUGGUUGGGUUGGAAUAUUUCUGUGACUUCACAUACACUGCAACUCACAGAUUACCAUGUUUGAUAUUAAGUAGCAGGGGGCAAUAUAACUGCUGGCCCAUUGUCCUGUGGCCAGUUAAAAUUUCAGUGGGCUUGCUCAAAUGUAAAGUAGAUGACUCACCUGGCUAGUCAAAAUUCCACCCCUAUGUUUAAUUUUUUUAAUUGGAUCAUCUCGGCGAAAUGACAAGUGGAUGCAUUUUUGUAAUGUUGUGCUCAACAUCUUCUUUAUUUGCUCAUAAAUCUCCAUGAAAUGAGGCAAAUGGAAACCCAGAUUUAGUCGCCGGUUGCGGGAAAAUAAGUUUUUGAGGUAAGAAUUCUAAAUAAACUCAUGUUCAGCCACUUCGCGGCCUCCACCAUUUAGUUGUUAGCCAGCAUGGAGAAGGGCCAGUAACUUUCAAAGGGAGAAAGCCCUGCUUGCUACACACAAAUUUGUUGUUAAAUUUACCCCUGAUAUGAGUAGACUUGUUUACCGCGAAUCUGAAGCAUAUUGAUGUUUGUGGAAACAUUGCAGACUUGUACUGUCCAUUCAUUUGAAGACAGGAAAUACCUGCUUGCAUGUAAUAUACUUAUGCAGCCCAGAUCAGGGUCACCUUUUACCCACUAUGUGAAAAUCUCAAAACGAGUUGAUAAAUGUUUAAACUCCCGAGCCUUGCCGAGUGCUGAUUUUGAUAUCAAUAGAGGCAAGGUUGAGGUUAUGUUUAUCAUCCAAAAUCAUUCUUCCAAAUUUCCUGUUCGUAAACAGUAAUAACAGGUGUCUCGGGUAUAAAAUAGAGAAUCUCACCCAAGUGUCUUUUGAUAUCAAAUAUAUCAACAUGAGUUGA